CCUUUUUAAACCGUAAACACCGGCAGUUCGCGCCCGGUCGCACUAGCAACCUACAGCAUCGUUUCGCGUGUGCGGUUUCGUGAUCCGUAGAUGUUACACCAUUCGUCGCCGUUCCGUGGUCCAGCAGCCCAGCACCGCACUGAUUCGGCACGGCAGCACCAGCAACAGCAACAACAACGACCGCGAUGAAUCCGGUUUCGCUUUACAUCACAACCUCGCGGCUUGUGUUCCAAAGUGGCUGCGGUGGCAUCGGCGGAGGAGCAGGAGGCGAAGCCGGAGCCGGUGCCGAUUCUGGCAGCGCUUUCAGCAGCAACAGUGCAUUUGCGGACCUGAACCGGCUGCUUCCGUACCUGAGGAAGAGCCUGAGCUGUGCCGUCUGCUGCCAGCUGCUCAUCGAGCCGCACACUCCGGCCGAACUGAACUGCCAGCACCACGUCUGCCGGGGUUGCGUCGGCGAACGGAAAAAGCUGAAACCAUCCUGCGCUUCCUGCAAAGAUUACAACCGCUAUGUGGAGAACAACCAGCUGCGGAUGCUGCUGCAGUGCUACAAAAGCAUUUGCGAGUACAUUAAGACUAAGCCGUUCUUUGUGGAGAUUCGACGGCAAGCCGGUGGCGGUGGUAGCGGUACCAUGAAUGGGAUUUCGGUGGCCGUUCUGGGACCGAACGGACAACCGCAGCAACAUCAGCAGUCGCAGCAGAAUGCAAUCUCCGUACCGAGCAAUUUGUACGAACUGAUCGAGGAGGGCGCUCAGUUUCAGGACAACUAUAAGUGUAGUUCCGGGCUGACUCGGUCGGCCUACUCGAUUCUACCCUGCAUUUAUCCGGUUCCACCGGUUACGGUGACCGCUCCCUCAGUGCCGGUUGCCUCAACGAUUAAUCAACAGCAAAUGCUUGUGACCUCGAGCACGGGAGGUCUUCAGAAGGUUUUGCCGUCCAGUGCUGGCCUCGAGAAGCAGUCCUACGUAAACAACGCGUGUCCAAUCACUCUCAUGGACAAACAACAGUUGCAAUCGCAGCAGGCCAGUGCGAACGCAAUUCACCAACAGCAACAUCAACAACAACAACAUCAGCACCAGCAGCAGCACCAACAACAACAACAGCAGCAAAAAGAGAUUAGAUUCCGAUCGGCACCGAUCAAGACGGUCUCGAACGGUUCGACCAUGUACUCGGUUCUGUACGCCGGCAACGGGAACAAAAUAACGAUCAAGCGGAAAAUGGAUCCACCGCACGUGCAGCGGCGGGCCACGCUGCACACACUGGACAAGGACGGUCAGAUUAAGCUGCAAAAAACGCUGGCGGAAAAUUCGGCCUCCAUCGCGCGCUUCAAGAUGCCGCCGGUGGCGGGCAAUGCCGUCUCGAUUCCGGUUGUUGGAACGAUGGUCACCGGUGCUGCCACGAGUGGCAGUGGAAAUGCCGCUGCUGCCAGCAGCGGUGGCAGCGGCAAUCAAGCCGGAGUGAACAAUGCCGCCUCCGGCGGUGCAACGGGAAAACAAAACGCCAAACAGCUGCUGAAACGACGUGGUUGUCGGUGUGGAAAUGCCACGGCAACGCCCGGCAAGCUGACCUGCUGCGGUCAGCGGUGUCCGUGCUACGUGGAGUCCAAGUCCUGCGUGGACUGCAAGUGCCGUGGCUGCCGGAAUCCACAUCGAGCCGACGGCAUGAAGGUCCGUCCCCACAUUCCAGAGCUGCAGAACAUCGAAAUCAAUCUACACAAUGCAACCGGCGGAGGGGAUGCCCUCAGCACAGCCACCACCACCGUGCUAGCACCUUCGUUAACCGCCGGAGGCGGAACCAGCAGUAGUGCGAGCAGCAGUAGCAGUAGUAAUAGCGGCAACAUCGUCACCAUCAAUCCACCUCCGGUGUCCGUUGGGCUGACGGCCGGCAAAAGUCUCGCCCAAUAUGGACUGCCGGGAGCGGCUGCCAGUUCUACGCUGAAAAUCACUCCCACGUCGAUAGCGAACGUCCUAACCGGAAGUUCCGGCGACGGAAUGGAGCUGGUUCCCAGCGGAGGGCUGCUCGAUUCCAACGGUUUUAGCUAUCUGACACCGGCGGCUGCCAGCCUCGAUGCAAGCGGGAUUAUGACGACCGGUUCGGUAUCCGUCGGUGGAGGCGGAGCAGCCACGCAGUACGCCGUCCCGACCAGCAGUCUCGCCAACGGCGGGACAAUCCACGUUGUCGGCGUGUACACGACCCACCUCGGAGACGUUAGCUGCAGUCCGACGCUGUCCAACAUGAUCCGAACCGACAGUGGGCUGAGCAGUUUGCUGACGCAUAAACCACCGGAUGCGCUGCUCACGCAAUCGUCCCUCAACUCGCUUAGCCUGAGCGCACCCAGCACGCUGCUCGAUCAUUCGCUGUUCAACCCGGUGGUUUCGACGACGGCCACGAUGACCGCGUCGGCAGCAGGCGGACACAGCAGUAGUGGUGGCGGUGGCCCGUCGUCGUCGUCCUCGUCGUCUGCAGCAGCCACAAUCGAUCUGGCCAGUAUGGGCGAUCAGUUGGAUCUCGGUGGAGCGAAUCUGAUCACCAUCGAUGGAUCACCGGACGAUCGGUUACACGGCUACGACGUCUGAACCGUGUGCGGUGGCGUGUGCUUCGGUUGAUGAGUGUAAGUAUGCAAACGAUGAUGAUGCGCGAUGUUGUACAGGCGGAAGAGUGCAUCCUACUUUUCCUUUUUUCCCCGGGAAUAUCAAACACACUUUUAACUACAUGUUUAGUUUGUAGCGCCGUUUUCAACGCGCCCGAUCCGGAAAGGGCGACCCUACGUACGUUUAGGUUUCUCCGCUACUUUGUCGAUAUCUAUUUGAUAAGUGGUAGCAUAAUAUUAUUGUACAACUACUAUUACUUGUAUUAUGAUUAUUAUCGGUGUACUGUACAAAGUCGAAAAAAAACAGAAUAAGAAGAGGAUAAAAUACACAUCUCAUCCAAAGUGGUCCAAACAACCCUGCGAGGGGGGGCGGGCAACCGCGCGCCGAUCCGAUCUGUAUGCUAUCAUCGUACUGUAUCUGUAUCUGUGUGAUGUGUAGUAGGAGGAGAAAGCGAGAGAGAGAAAAAGUACUUUUAGAGUUUUGUUCGUUUCUAGCAAACAGCCCCUUUCCCUUUGCUUCUGUACGAAAAACAAAAACCGAAACGGUUUGUACAUACAGUCUGUAGCGUAGUGGUACGACCGUUUAGCCUUUU